CACGGGGCCAAUAUGGGUUCGAAGCCUAGUUCACCCAUCAAACUGCCAGGAUUCAAUCUUCCCUUGAACUGGCAGCCCAAGGAAACGGAGCUUUUCCCCAACGCAUUAGACUAUGGAGAUAUCAAUGAUGGCUACGUUGGCCAUCUAAGCACUCAGCGUGAAAUAACCAUGAUGCAGGUCAUGAAUACGAUCUCGGAGAAGCCCGAGUGGUGGCGUAAGGUGUUCGACGAAGGCAUCACGUCACGAUGGCGGACGGAGGUGCUGGCAUCCGGUCAAGACGUUACUCCCCAAAUGAUGGACUAUAUCAUCAUAGAACUCCAAUGGAAAGCUCGAAACCUUCAGAAAGAAGGACUGCUUUCGAUAUUCGAUGUCGGGGUCGUCCGCUCCGACACAGCGGUUUCGAAGGAGCUCCAAAAGGCCUUGCAGCAAGCCGUUGCUCCCCUCGAGAACAUACCCGCCCAUGAAAAGGACUACCACCCCGGCUCAGACCAGAAAGUUGUCGACCUCGUUCACCCUUCGCUCUUUCCACUGGUUUACGGGCGCACGCGCAUUCUACCCGAUCGUUCGAUCACGUCGGACAACAGUCUCGGCAGUAUUGGUCAAGGAGUGGUCGUGCCCGUUCCGUCGGAGGAAGAGGCCAGGCCAUCCGCCGAGGCAAACACUCCGUACAGAAGAUGGCAGGUGGAGCAAAUGCGCGCGUUCAGCCGACAAUUUCAAUGGCUGCCCUGCGAUGUGGAAUUGGGUACAGAAAGUGGCUGUCGCAUUGUCUCGUACAUCAACAACCUGCACCCGACAGAGCAUGAGCCCCUCUACCGCGUGGUGGAGCAAAUCAUUGAUGCGGCCAUUCCGCUCUGGGAACACAGCUUGACGCAGGUUCGGGAGGAAGGAAACGAGCGCAUUCCCUACCACGGGGUGUCUUAUCUGCUACACCCUGACCCAGAACCGAAGCCCGAGGAAGAUGAGGACUCGGACAGUGAGGAAUUUUCAGAGCGCUAUAAUGCGUGGGAAAAGGCUCGUCCCAUUGCUCUUCCGGAGCCAGGCCGCUUCAGACCCCCCGAGCCCUCCUGGAAAGGAUGGGUGCACUUGCGACAGUCUUUCCACGAGACGGGGCUGCAAGUGAUCGUAAAACUGGCUAACAUUGAACUCACUCCGGAGCGGCCAGAUUAUGAGGGAGGAACAUGGCAUCUCGAGGGACAGCUAAAUGAACGCAUCUGUGCGACAGCCAUCUACUAUUACGACAGCCAUAACAUCACUGAAAGCACGCUGUCCUUCCGUCAACGGGCUGGGUCUCUGUACGAUGUGGAUUACGACCAAGAUCGACAUGAAUUCAUCCACGCAGUCUAUGGCUUUGGUCCCGACGUGAGCGGAAACGGGGAAUCCCAGAUCACCCAGCACCUUGGCAGCGUGGUCUGUCGCGAAGGGCGACUACUUACGUUUCCCAAUAUAGUGCAGCAUCGGGUGUCACCCUUUGGCCUGGCAGACCGCUCGCGGCCGGGCCAUCGCAAGAUCCUGGCGCUGUUCUUGGUGGACCCGCAUCGGCGCAUCAUCUCGACUGCAAAUGUACCACCGCAGCAAGAGACCUGGGCCCGCGAGAGACGGGAUGCGAUUCAGCAGGUGCUUGCGCCGAAAUUACCGGCUGAACUACAGCAGAUGGUGUCUGAUAACAUCCCCGCGCUUGCCAUGACCCUGGAGGAAGCCCGGGAAUACCGGGUGGCGCUGAUGGACGAGAGACGAGCCAAACAAGGGCCGCAAAAUGACGGGUUUGAAAAAGGCGACUUUUCACUUUGUGAGCAUUGAGAGCUCUGUUAGGUCGACGCAGGAUAGCUCAGUCGAUAAUAGCCAGCCACUCUAAAUGGUGGUGUUUUCCACCUCGAAUUCAAAGGGGCGUUAGCCUCCGCGCUGUAAAUAAGUGUAUCUGAUACAGGCACCGGAGUGGCUAAGGUGCCAAGCUCUUCACUUCGGUUG